AUGGCCCCAGCUGCUUACUCCGACAUCCAAAAGUCCGCCAACGACUUGCUCAACAAGGACUUCUUCCACUUGGCCACUGCUGCCGUCGACGUCAAGUCGGUUGCUCCAAACGGCGUCACCUUCACUGUCAAGGGUAAGACCGCCAAGGACAACUCAAUUGCCGCCUCCGUCGAUGCUAAGUACGUCGACAAGGCCACUGGCUUGACCUUGACCCAAGGUUGGAACAACGCCAACUCCUUGAACACCAAGAUCGAAUUGUCCGAAUUGUUGACCCCAGGCUUGAAGGGUGAAUUGGACACCUCGGUGGUUCCAAACGGCCCAAGAAACGCCAAGUUGAACUUCUUCUACCAACAAUCCGUGGUUAACGCCCGUUUGUUCUUCGACUUGUUGAAGGGCCCAAUUGCCACCGCUGACUUGGCUGUUGCUCAAGACGGUUUCACCGCCGGUGCUGAAUUGGGUUACGACAUUGCCUCCGCCAAGGUCAACAAGUACUCCGUCGGUGUUGGUUACGCCAACUUGAACUACGCUUUGGCUGCUACCGCCACCUCCAACUUGUCCGUCUUCACCGCCGCUUACUUCCACAAGGUCUCUCCAUUGGUUGAAGUUGGUGCCAAGACCACCUGGGACUCCGUCAAGUCUUCCAACGUCAACGUUGAAUUCGCCACCAAGUACGCCUUGGACAGAACUGCCUUCGUCAAGGCCAAGAUUGCUGACUCCGGUUUGACUGCCUUGGCUUACUCCCAAGAAUUGAGACCAGGUGUCAGAUUGGGCUUGGGUGCUUCUUUCGAUGCCCUCAAGUUGGCUGAACCAGUCCACAAGUUGGGUUUCUCCUUGUCCUUCACUGCUUAA